AUGUAUGUAGAGGGAAGAAAAUCCACGGUACAAGGCCACACUGGGGAAGCGGUCCAACCAGCGGCGGGCUUGGGGGUGACGAAUCAGCAGCAGGCCACACAACCUUAUUUGAGGUUAUUCCCAACGGCACAUCGAUUGAUAAUAUCAGGAUGGCAACAUGAAACACAGCUCGCCAGAAUCAACAGCCAGCAGCCAGCAGCCAGCAGUGAGCAGUCAGCAGUGAGCAGUGAGCACCUUGCAACCGGGGCGGGUUGUUAUCGAUCAGACUUUGACCACGGGCGAAAACGACAAACGCUUCUGUCUGGCCAGCGCUGCAUAAGAAUUGGACAAGAUACAGGCACACUUGCAGCACUGCGCAAAUACAUCACGAAGGGGCAGGAGGAUGUCAGGUUCUAUGAACGGGAGGUGAAUAUGUAG